CAGCAAACAACACGAGCAGCACGACAAGAACGCUGCUAUCAUCGGCCUCAAAGACUCACAGGCCCUCGCACGAGUAUUACUAUCGUCUCUUCCAAUCGUCACGAUUCAGGGUAUCUUGCCGUCCCCCAAGCCAUGGCGUCACGGGCUUCUCUCGCACGGGUAAUAUUCUUAGUCCUCCUCGCGAUCACCCUCUCCUUUAGUCUGCCCCAGGCUGCCUUAGCGCGUCGCGUGCUAGCGAGGGGAGCUGCAAUUACUCCCGUGGAAUCGGCGCAGAUCGGUCCAGAGGCGGCGAGUGUGGCGCAGAGCGGUCCAGAGGCGGCGAGUGUGGCGCAGAGCGGUGCGGAGGACCCAUGCACGGCUUGGAGCGAGGAAAUCGCGACGCACGCGGCAGCGAAUUGGGACAUUGCGAAGCCCUCCACGGUUCGCGAAUGCUUGCGAAACUUCAAGCUCAGAGAGAGCGACGUGGAAGAUCUACGGUCCGUGGUGAACGGAAUCAACAACCACUACGUUUACAAGGAUAUCGCCGUUGACUCGCCGGACCAGACGAAUCUUCCCAGCAGCGUCGACAUCGUCGCGGAGCUGACGGCCAUCCUGCAGCGCGCCGAGCAGGGCGAAUACGAACGGCUGAUGGACGUCCACGUGGACACGCUCAAUGCGAUCAACGGCCUGAACGACGGCCAUACGUACUUGUCGUCGAAUUGCUUUUUCAGCACGGCGAGCUUCUUCCUGCCUCUCCCGCUCUUCGCAGUCGUGGAGGACGGUCAGCAGAUCAUUCGCGUCGCGACACGCCAAUACUUUUCGUGGUUCACGGGGAUUGACGAGGACGCCAAGAUGCUUUGGGACUUCGACUUCUCAGCGUACGAGCUACAGCAGGUGGUGGCCAUAGACGGGCAGCCCGCCGUGGAGUAUAUCAAGAGCUGGGCAGAAAAGUACGGCGGCAUGGUGCGCAACCCCAGCGCGCGCUUCAACACCAUGUUCGCGGGGCACGUGCCCAUGGGGCGCGGAGGCAACAUGAGCCCGCACCCGGGGGAGUUCGUGCUGAGAGAGCUGGUACCCGAGGCCGACACGCUGCAGGUGUCCAUUUUUAACGGGGGAGCAGCAACGAACGUGAGCGUGCCGUGGAUGGCUAUUUCCUACUCCAAGCCGUUCGCCGACUCAGACGCCUACUGGAGCCUCAACUGCGCCAAGCACCAAGAGCCGUGCGCAGCCGACGCCGCUGCUGCUGGAAACGCACCAAACGCCAACAGCAGCAGCGGCGGCAGCAGCACUAGCAAUGGAGCGAAAGACUUGCGAGGCGAACCACCAGUGUUCCGACACGAUGUGCUAAGGCACCGGCCACAGUACCAGCAGCACCAGCAGCCACACCCGCAGCAGCAGCAGCAGCCCAACAAGCAGAAGGAGCAGGAGUCUUCUUCCCACAACAGCGGUACAGGCAGUGACUCAAGCAGUGACUCAAGCAGCAAUGAGGUCUCCGCCAGGAUGCCUCUUGGAAGCGAGGAGUCAGGAGUAACAGUGGAGGUGGUCUCUGCUGACAACGCUUACUUCCAGGUUUUUCUCAUCAACAAGCGCACGGCUGUCAUCGUGCUGCACACCUUCGAUGUCGACGACACCACAGAAGCUGAGCUGGCAGCCACGCGCCCCGACGUUGAUGUCCUGGCCUACCUGGCUGGGGAGAUUAUCAGCGCCAUGGAGGCAGCAAGAAGCGCCGACUGCGAGGAGGUAAUAUUUGACGUGCGCGUGAACGGCGGCGGCUACGUCGCCAUGGCGUCCGUGACGCUCGUGGCCCUCCUCGGCACCAAGAACGUGCCUCUAGCGGACGCGACCCUCCCCAUGGACUUCAUUAUAGGCACAAAUCUCACCUGGAAUCUCCUGACCGAGGAGGCCCUUUCCAGCUACACCGCUGAGCACUACACUCGGCCUGAAGACGGCGCGUCACCGCUCCAAUCCACGCAAGACUACACCCCGUUACAGAACAUCUCGUUUACCGGAGCCGCCGGUAGCAGCGGCAUCUACACCGCCGAUUUUAAGCUCUAUUUUGAGAAUUUUUACAACGGCCUGACGGACCAGCCCGGGUCCUCGGAGCCGUUCUUUGGGUCGCGGCCGUUUCUCUUCCUGGCGGACGGCGACUGCUUCUCCACCUGCGCCAUUCUCACGCACAUGCUGGGGAAACGCUACCAAGUACCCAUGGUAACCGUGGGUGGUUUGCUCAACCAGCCCGUGUCCGUGAGCGCGUCGUGCCUCGGCUACACCAUGCUCUCGUUAAACUGCGACGUUUCCGUCCCGCUAAGCCGCACCAGCCACGCGACCGACCCGCAGGCGUCGAAACCGUUUAAAACGAACAUGGACGUCGGUAUGGCGUUUACUAACGGGUAUGUGGACUCGAAGGUUCCGUGCGAGUUCGAGUUUCUGCCGAGUCAGCGCCACAUCGACUACACCGUGGACCUAAUCGACAAGCCCGAGGCGAUCUGGAGCGAAGCCGCGAAACUCUUCCCCGAAUUGCCGCUAGCGCCCGUAAUCGCACAGUCCGCGUCGUCAGCGUGACAAGCCCCGGGCCAUCUGAAUCGCCUUUCUGCCGAGUCAGCACCACAUCGACUACACCGUGGACCCUAUCGACAGCCGCGAAAACCUGAUUUGCUGCUAGCGCGGGUAAUCGCGCAGUCCUAUGCUGCGGCAUGACCGGCAGAUCCUAGACUGGCAGUCAGAUACGACAGUCUGACGAAGAAGCUGACCUGAAUUCGCCUGGACUGAUUAUCUCAAUUGUGUUGUUCGGGCUUCAAGUUGAGCAGCAUAGGACCGACCUUAGAGAAUUGUUUUUUCAACACCUCAUAUGUUUCAAAUUAAUCUUGGACUCGUCU